AUUAGUCAUCUGCAUGUGCAUGAGGUGCAUUCAGCUGCUAGCCAAAUACUUUAUUUCUGGUUGUCACUUUUGAAAUCUCUUUUUUUGCACUAAAAUGGAACCGGUGCCAAAAGGGUCCGUGGAUGAGAUGAAAUGGUACGAGCUCCUAACUCCACUCUACGAGCCCCUGGAGGAGCUUGGCUACCUAUGCAACGCUCGCCCCCCACCUCCUCCCACUCCCUGCGACCCCGCCGACAUGCCGCUCGACAACCUCCCCAUGUUUACAGGAAGUCACUAUGUAGGGUCUGGUGACUGCUACAUCCGGGGAGACAAUCUGAUGAACAUGAACUACCGAGCUCCACUCCAUAUGGAGUACAUGCAACCAGCUCACCUGAACAUUGGGCCAGCUGGUGAUGUCACCAAACAGUAUAUGAACUAUCAGCACCAACCCUACGAGUGGCCUGUCAAUCACCCACAUGCUCCUACUCCUCCGUUCCUUGACGAAACCAUGAUGAUACUACCGGAAUGUGCAAAGUUGCCUCCUGCUGAAAUGCCGAGCCUUACGGAUCAGAGUUCCCCCUCAAGAAAGGUCCCAGCAACCAAAAAAAGGACACGUGAAUGCCAAGAGGAGGAAGAUAAGGUGUACAUUAAGAAGCCACCUAAUGCAUUUAUGAUCUUCCGAAAAGAGCAAAGGGAGAAUGUUAUGGCACAGUGGAACAUUCGCGACAGUGCCGUGGCCAAUAAAGUUCUGGGUCACAUGUGGAAAUCGCUGUCGGAGAAGGAGCAGGAGAAGUAUUAUCAGCUUGCCGAUGCCGAAAAACGCCUCCAUACCCAGCUGCACCCCAACUGGUCCUGCACAGACAAUUAUGGUCGAAAGAGGAGGAAGCAGAGGAGCAGAGUGGCUUCCUAAGGAACUCGUCCAAGCAAACUGCAGAGUUUCCUCCUGUAACUUGACAUACCGUUCUAGUGUUUGACUUAAUCACAAGUCACUUGAAGUUCUACUAACAAGAUAUCGACUGAGCUGGAAAAUGCUCAGCAAGUUCAUUAAUUUAAAACAGGGACAUAUUUAACCUCAUUGU